UUAGCAACCCAGCUCUCAACCUAAGUUCUGACCAUGGCCUGCUGCUCCACUAGCUUCUGUGGAUUUCCCACCUGCUCCACCAGUGGGAACUGUGGCUCCAGCUGCUGCCAGCCUAGCUGCUGUCAGACCAGCUGCUGCCAGCCAACCAGCUGCCAGACCAGCUGCUGCCAGCCAACUUGCUGUCAGACCAGCUGCUGCCAGCCCAGCUGUGGGACUGGCUGUGGCAUUGGUGGUGGCCAGGAGGGUGGCAGUGGAGCUAUGAGCUGCCGAGUCAGGUGGUGCCGCCCUGACUGCCGCGUGGAGGACACCUGCCUGCCCCCCUGCUGCGUGGUGAGCUGCACACCCCCAACCUGCUGCCAGCUGCACCAUGCCCAGGCCUCCUGCUGCCGCCCAUCCUACUGUGGACAGUCCUGCUGCCGCCCAGCCUGCUGCUCCUACUGCUGCCAGCCCACCUGCUGCCAGCCCACCUGUUGUGAGCCCACCUGCUAAAAGCCAGGUUGUUGAUUUUUGAUUUGAAGUUUCAACUUCCAAAUCAAUUCAUGAACUAAUUUUCUCUUCCACUAAUCAUGGACCACUAACAAAUUCUUGAACUUUUAUUUGGAUUUUGUUGUGGGGGAUACCACACAUUUGGGCCUCACAGAUCUAUCUGAUUCCAUUCAAUUCUGGAAAGACCUCAUUCUCCCCACUGAGGUUGCCAAAAUAUAAAUUUAACUCAAGAAAUUGCCUUCAGGACGCAUGUGAAUUUACUCUCUAUGACUCAGUGCCACCGAUGCCACAGAAGAACCAUCUGUCCUUCUCAGAUAUGUACACCUCCUCUAUGCCACCAUUCUGCAAGCUGCAGUUUUUAUGAAAGGGAAUUAAUAUACCAAGGUCUAUUAAAUUUUAUUUGGUGCAACAAACAUACCUAUUCUUCUU